GGGUUUACUCUCCUUCAGUGCGAAAAACUGCGUAGACUGCUCAGAGUCCGCGGUGUCAAAUUGUUAUUAUUAAGCGGUUUUUUUUGAGUUGAACUUUUUACCCUUUCCCCUAACAAUGGCUUCACCAACUGUUAUUAAUUUGUCUGGUUCAAUUCCAGUUUCCUGUUUUGCUUGGAAUGGAGAUAGGACACAAAUUUGUGUUUCUUUUAGUACUCCUGAAGUUUACAUAUACCAGAAACAAGGCUCUUCGUGGGAUAAAAUUCACUCCCUUCUAGAGCAUGAUCAACGCGUUUUGUCCAUUGACUGGGAGCCACAGUCGAAUCUGCUUGCUACUUGCGGGGAGGAUCGCAACGCGUACGUUUGGAAGCUUGAAAGUGACGGGAAGUGGAAGCCAGGUCUUGUGGUUCUCCGCAUUAACCGGGCAGCCACGUGUGUCCGGUGGUCUCCCAGCGGAGAGAAGUUCGCAGUUGGAAGCGGUGCACGAAUCGUAAGUAUUUGUUACUUCCAAGAAGAACAUAAUUGGUGGGUCGCUAAAAAUAUCAAAUCUGGCAUUCGCUCGACCGUCACUUGUCUUGACUGGCACCCAAAUUCCACCUUGUUGGCUGUCGGUUCUUCGGAUUUCCAUGUUCGUUUAUUUUCUGCAGCCAUCAAAGGAGUAGACAAGCGACCCGAAGAUACCUCGUGGGCGGAGUCCAGCCAGCUUCGCACGUUUGGAUCUCUCCUGCACACUUGGAAAAGCGAAGUGGACGGGUGGGUCCACGACGUCGCCUUCUCGCCCGCUGGAGAAGUCCUUGCGUGGGUUUCGCACUCUAGCUGUGUAUGCUUUGUGCACAGCAGUGACACGAGUAAAAUUCUUUCUGUCCACGAGCACAGCCUUCCUUACCGCUGCUGUAUGUUUGCUAAUGAAAAUUUACUAAUUGCAGCAGGCCACAGCUGCGCACCCAAUCUUUAUAAAUGUGCUGGCGGAGAGUGGAAAUUUGAAAAGUCUCUCGAUAGCGGAGCAAAGGAGCAAAGUGGAAGCAACGUUAACAGUGCGAUGAGCCGAUUUAAGAAGUUAGAUCUGCAAUCACGUGAGGCAGCAAGUGACGUUGUGUUAAAGUCAACUCACCAAAAUGCCAUAAACCACAUGGUUGCCCUUGAAAGAAAAGGAAAUAAUGUGCGCUUCUCUACUUCAGGACUCGACGGCUUAAUUGUUCUUUGGGCUAUGCAAGUAUGAGUCACUCGCUUUGAACCGAUGACUCCACUUAAAUAAUACAUCGAUCUAAAAAAUA